UAUUGGGAGCUCAAAGAGAUCAGGUUGAUGUUGACGAGCCCUGAGCAUUUAGGUUUCCAUGGAUGGCGUUGGCAUUCUCUUUCCAUUUCAUAUGAACUUGGCUGUCUUCAAAGGUCCAGUCUGUUCUAUGCAAACCAAUGCCACGACUGUUAUCAACGCUGUUCUCCUUCUGACCUGACUUGUUUCAAAAGUUGUAAAAAAACUUGUGAUAACAUUUCAAAAAAUCUGAGUAGUUCCUUGCAGCAUGUUUGGGGUUGGAAUUGGAAUACUUUUGUGAUGGUAGAAGAAAAGUUGUUUUUCCCUUGGUUACGAAGCUAUCAAGUGAAAUCUGCUUAUGAAAAUAUCCUUCAAGCUCUGGAAAAGGAGCGCAACCGCUUGCUCCAGUUUUCCAACAAUCAAGGGCAGCUGUUGAGAUUGUCUGUUUGGCGUAAGAGAUUGGCCGCCAUAUUGAGUCCUUUGACGUUUCUUUGGAAUGAAUGGUGGUUGCUGAAAGGACAGAAAAGAUGCACCACCACGACAUCAGUUGUCGAGCACUGCAGGCAGUUAAAAGUUGAAAUGGAGCAACAAUAUCAACGACAACUAGAAAUGCACCGAUUCAUUGCUCAAUUGCAUAAAAUGUGUGACAAGUAUUUUGUUCAUGAAAGAACGUGGUUACUUCCAAAGAUAAGUGGCCUGGUACCAACAUCACAGCAGAUAAAGUUUAAUAACCAAGUGUUACGGUUUCUUGGUUAUUCAAACUGUCGACUUCAACUGGUGGUAUUCGAUGAGUCCCUAAAACAGUCAAGUAGGGAAGAGUGGCUACUAUUUCGUUCUCAAGUGCCUAGACCCAUUCGACUUUUCAUUCCUUAUUGGAAACGUUGCUAUUAUAAACAACUGCAUCAUCGUAUGUGCCUGGUCAAUCGAUAACAAUAAUUGUUGAUCCAUAAAGUUGAAUAAACUUGU